UUUUUUUUGGGGUCCUUGACGUGGCAUCAAUAACAAAGAUGGCGGAAACGUUUAAAGCUUCUUAAGUUUGUCUGUAUAUUUCGAAGUUUAGAAUGAUUAUAUUUAGUCUAUAAGCAGACUAUUUCAUCUAUGCAUUAUUCUGGCUGCGUUGUUUGGAGUGUAUGUGUGAAGGUGAAAAAUGAGCGGUUGGGCCGGUUUUUCUGAGGAGGAGUUACGGAAGAUGCAGCAGAAAGACUCCGCUGGGUCCGCAGCGGCAGCCCGCGGACGGAAACCGGUUCCAGCCAACCGGAGUCGGCAGCAGAUACAACGAGAGAAGGCUCUUCAGUUAACCGCUCAGAAGAACGCUGGAGCCGCGUCUCUCUGCCUCCCGCCGGAGCAACAACUCACCAAACCGCCGCCGCCAGAGGAAGAGCCGAAGGCCGCGGCUCCUCCAGCGGGAGCUCCGGCUGUCAAACAGGAGGUGCAGGAGAAAGCCAUCGAGAUGAAGACGGCUCCAGAGAAGGAAACCCCGGCCGUCAAAGAGCUGGAGAAACAAGAGGUGGCACUACGGGAACAGACGCGUCUGGAGCAGCUGCAGCAAGAGCAGAAGACAAUGGAAGAGAAGAAUAAGCGCAAGAAAGCUCUGCUGACCAAAACCAUCGCCGAGAAAUCCAAACAGACUCAAGCGGAGGCUGUGAAGCUGAAGAGGAUCCAGAAGGAGCUCCAGGCCCUCGAUGACAUGGUGUCCAAUGAUAUCGGCAUCCUGAGAGGCAAGAUAGAACAAGCCAGCUGGGAAUACUCCGCUGCCAGAAAGCGCUAUGAGAAGGCGGAGGCGGAGUACGUGACGUCCAAGCUGGACCUGCACAAGAAGACGGAGGUGAAGGAGCAGCUGACGGAGCACCUCUGCGCCAUCAUCCAGCAGAACGAGCUGCGCAAAGCCCACAAGCUGGAGGAGCUGAUGCAGCAGCUGCAGCUCCACGCCACUGAGGAAGAGAGGGCCGGCUGCGCGGAGACGCAGAGAAACGGUCCGGCGGAGAGCGGGGAGGGAACGGAGCAAUCGACCAAAGACUGUAGACCCACAGAGGAGGAGACUGCGAAGGAGGAGAAGGGCGGGGGGGGCGUCCUGCAAGAGCCCCGCCCGAUGACCGAACCACCGAAGACUGAACAGAACUGUAAAACUCUAGAAAACUGUGUUCAGAGUGAAAUCAUGGCCUCCUGAUGCUCAAAAAUACAGAUUUAAACGUCUGAACAUUAUCAUUAUCACACACGUCGUAAUGUAGGGAUCCAUAUGGAACACUAACGCUAAUGUUUUCCACUAAUACUGUCGGCUAGAUGACGCGAUGCUCGAUGCUGUAGCGUCCAGGGCUGGACCGAAUCCAGAUUUUUGGGGUUCGGCCGAAUACC